AUUGAACUGAUUGGUUUGCAAAAAUUGACACGUGUGUCGGGGGUCUCUUUAAAUUUAAGCAAGGAGUUUAGUGUUCAGUGUACAUCUGAGAACUUGACAGCUUUAUUAAUACACAUACAUAAGGCCUAUAGCACAAUGGAACAGUUUGUGGGAACAUGGGCAUUGAAAAGCAGCGAGAACUUUGAUGAAUACAUGAAGGCAGUAGGAAUGAGCUUUGCUACUCGCCAAAUGGGAAACAUGACCAAGCCCAGUCUAGUAAUCAGUGUGGGUGACCAGGGAGUCGUUUCCAUUAAAGGUGUAAGCACAUUCAAGACCACAGAAAUCAAAUUUAAAUUGAAUGAAGAAUUUGAUGAAACGACUGUAGAUGACAGAAAAACUAGGACUCUGAUUACCUUGGAAAAUGGUAAACUCCUGCAAAAACAGAUGUGGGAUGGCAAGGAAACCACAAUUGAAAGAGACUUGCAGGAUGGAAAACUGGUUGCGAAAUGUGUAAUGAAUGAUGUGGUGGCUGUGCGGAUCUACGAACGGGAGGCAUGAUCCCAGGUGUCCUUGGCUGUUACCCUGUUGAUUCCAGAAAUCAAGACCCAGCAUUUACUUAUAUAUCAAAGGAUUUCAACCUUUGCGUCCGAGAAAUGUGUCCCUUUGUGAAACUCAAACAUUAAUAAAAAAAAGGAAAGAG